GAAAAACUACGUCCCCCCAAAAAUCCAGCGGCCAUCCGCACAAAAAUAUAUACACGUAUAUGCAUAUAUAUAUAUAUAUACACACCCACCACCGCCUCACUCCACAUAACUUUCAACUAUUUCAUCUUCGUUUCAAUUUUCUCUCUCUAAAAUUACCAACAACAACAAUGAGAAUGAGCUGUAACGGCUGUCGAGUCCUUCGCAAAGGAUGCAGUGACGAUUGCACCAUCAGACCGUGUUUACAGUGGAUCCAGUCUCCAGAAUCACAAGCAAACGCCACCGUUUUUCUAGCUAAGUUCUACGGCCGUGCUGGACUUAUGAACUUAAUCAACGUUGGUCCUGAACACCUCCGUCCUGCCCUAUUUAGGUCGCUUCUGUACGAGGCUUGUGGUCGGAUUGUGAACCCGAUAUACGGGUCGGUCGGGUUAUUAUGGUCCGGAAAGUGGCAGUUGUGUCAGAAUGCAGUGGAGGCUGUGUUAAAAGGGUCACCCAUCGUUCAAAUAGCGUCUGAGGAGACGAAUAGUGGUCCGCCUUUGAAGGCGUAUGAUAUUCGUCACAUAUCUAAGGACGAAAACUCCGGUGGGGCUAACGAGCUCCACCGGAUCAGGACCCGGUGUCGGUUUAAACGAUCUGGGUCCAAAGGAAAGACCAAAGGUGACGACACUAUAACCAAAAACAAAACUAAAGGAAAUCAAGAUUUGGUGUCGUACGAUGAGGUUGGUAACAGGUCGCCGAGCCAUGAGUCUACGCUGAGCCACCAGUCGGAGCCGGCGGCGCAUGUGGUGGAGGGUGAGAGCCACGUGACGCCGGAAAUUAGUUUUGUGUCGGAAGAGACGGCGGCGGAUCUGAUGAUCAAAGAGGAGGUGGGUUUGACGGCGACGGUGGAGGAUGAAAACGACGGCGUUGAACUGGAGCUGACGCUCGGCUUCGAGCCGAUGCAUCGGAGCCGGAGCCGGAGUCCUGAAAAAGUUGUAAACGUUGCCGGAGGUUUUGAUAAAUCCGGUGACGGAGAUUUUCGUAUGGAACUGGGACUAGAUUAUCCGGUGUAACUGGUUGGAUGUGGCGACUUGGUACUGCAUCAGUUUUGACGGUUCAGAUCAAAUGUUUUUUAUGUAAUUUAUUUUUUUUAGUUUUUAAGAUGCCUUUUUGGUGGGGGUAAAAGAAUGUAUAUCUGCUAAGAUGUGAAGCAAUCUUGAGGGUAUCAUUGUACAUUUGCAAAAAGAUAGAAAAUGAAAUUAUGAUUUUUAAUAAGAAA